UUUCCAGCAGAAUUGUCGUACCUCCGUUUUGUUCCAGCCAUUUUAUAUAGAUUUGAUUUGACUACGAUUUUAGGGUUUCAGUUGUAAGACAAAAAUACAGACAACGCCUAAACUGGAAAAACGCUUUGUUACAGACCUAUCAAUCACUCGGUUGCCCCCGCCUUAACGCAUUUCCUGCAUUUACAUUUACUCCAAAAUUAGCAUGACGAUUCUAAACAGACGGCGUGCUGGGUCAUAGAAGACUUAAACCAGGGGUGGCCACACCUUUUCAGCUGGAGAGCUACUUUUCAAUCGACCAAGUCGUGGCGAUCAACCCAUGACUCUAUUUGUCAUUAAAAUGACAAUACAUGAAUCUAUACCUGUCCUCGCUACCCAGUCUUCGUCUUUCAAAGACACAACAUGGACAGGUGACAUGAGGCCUCCAAGCCCCGCCCACACACCUACGUCUCUGUUUCAUUUUUACUUUGUGCCACUUUGUCUGGCUGAGGAUCCGUUGGAAACCCGGUGGGAUUGUGUUCCGUCCCCGGUAGAUUAAAAAAAGCUCCACCUGCAGAGUCGAGAGAGGAGAUUAAAGAGUUGAUCGCUUUUCUAAGAAAUAGACCCCCCAAACAAUGAUAAAUUACCAGAGCUAUCUCUUCCCAUUUGGCUCUUAAGCUUUCCUCCUCUUAGGCUGCAGGACACGGACCUCAUUUCUUUCGGUGACAUGACCUUGAGGUCUUGGUUCUUGGAAAUGUGCAAAAUGAUAAAAAAAUAAGGACAUUUACUCGGAUGUUGUACUUGAGAACAGUUUGACUUCCUCCUGUGGUGCUUUUUUUACCCUCUUUUGUCUCCUUAUUGAUUGAUCUUAUUUGUUCUUUCUUCUUUUCAAGAAACACAAACGGCUGCCCUACAGUUUGGUCAAUGAACGACCUGUUCCAGGUUAAGAGUCAUUUUCCCAUCAGUCAGCUGCACCGGGUCAACGUGUGACCUCCCCUCAUCCCUCCGAUAAACGUCCAUGGAUCGGACGCAUCGUCGCUGACGACCUCAUUUGUCCCGACGCACAGGCGCUGCACUGAGACCAAUUCCCUUCCCUCAUUUAUUUGUGCUAUUAUUAAUAUUGCAGACGGCGCGGUUUGCGUGACGUUGCGCAGCGUCUCAACGUCCUCCUCGUCAGAAUGAGGAAUCACAGCAGAGUGCUUCACCACGACCGAUGUGUGUGGAUCCGUCACUGUGACCCACUUCCUCCGCGCGCUACGGCACGUUAUUGACGGAACCAGAUCUCUACAGAGGACUUAACUCAAGUCUGAUUCCAAUUUGACUGCCGCUGGUUAUGAAAAUCUGCACUCCGAGUCUGAAACGGCUGGGGGUAAGAUGUUUGUGGAGUCAGUCCUCCGAUGGGGGGCCUGGAUUAUCCUGUUCCAGGUUGCAUCGGUUUUAUCUGCAGGAGGCUGUCCUCCGCGCUGUGUGUGCCGACCGGAGGCUAAAGAGGUGAUCUGCUCUGGCAAACAUUUGAACUCGGUGCCGGAGGGCUUUUCCGGUGAUGCCAGACGUUUGGAUUUAUCUCACAAUAAGAUUAAGACUGUUGGGCGCCGCCAGUUCUCUGGCCUCUUGCAACUUCAGGAGUUGGAUCUCAGUGAUAACAUAAUCUCCAUGAUUGAGGUGGAGGCUUUCCAGGCCUUACAGAAUCUGAGGACGCUUCGGAUUAAGAAUAACCGACUGAAGAUCAUCCCGGUCGGGGUGUUUUCUGGACUGUCAAAUCUGCGUCUUCUGGAUUUGAGCCAGAAUGAGAUCCUGGUCUUCCUGGACUACACCUUCAAAGAACUGAGCAACCUGCAAACGCUGGAAGUCGAGGAGAAUGACCUGGUCUUCAUCUCACAGCGCGCUUUCUUUGGUCUGCAGAAUCUGCAGGAGCUCAACUUAGACCGCAGCAAUCUGACCUCCGUUCCUACCGAGGCAUUGUCGCAGCUCAAGAGUUUGGCGCGUUUCCGCAUGCUGCGCCUCACUAUUUCUACACUCCCUAACAACGCUUUCCGGCGACUACACCGUCUGCACAGCCUCCUGAUAGCAAACUGGCCAUCAUUGGACACUGUGGCUAGCAACAGCCUGAUCGGUCUCAACUUGACCACGCUUGUCAUCAACAGCUGCAACCUAAGUACUGUUCCUUACUCAGCACUUCGUCACCUGGUGUAUCUGCGCUACCUGGACCUGUCCUACAACCCCAUCACUGUCAUUCAGGGUAAUCUGCUCGGGGACCUCAUAAGACUACAGGAGUUACACCUAGAAGGGGGGGGCCUGCUGAGAAUAGAGCCGGGCGCCUUUAGGGGACUGGCCUACCUUCGCAUGCUUAAUUUAACCUCCAAUCAGCUCACUACAUUGGAGGAGAGCGCCUUCCACUCUGUGGGGAACCUUCAGGUGCUGCGGUUGGACAGGAAUCCCCUAGCAUGUGACUGCCGGCUUCUCUGGGUGGUCCGCCGCCGAUUGCGCUUGAACUUUGAUGGACAUCAGCCCACCUGUUCGUCUCCUGAUGCAGUGAGUCAGCGUGAAUUCCGAGAUUUUUCCGAGAAGGAACUCCCCCGGCUGUUUACGUGCCGCCCGGCCCGUGUCAUGGACCGCAGGCCGCAGGAGGCCAGAGUAGAAGAGGGAACUACGGUUCUCUUCUCCUGUAAGGCCGAAGGGGAUCCAUUCCCAUCGAUUACCUGGAUCUCCACCCUCAAGAAUGUGGUUAGUCCAACGGGACGCAUCCGAGUUUUGCCCGAUGGUACUCUAGAAGUACGAUUUGCCCAAGUGCAGGACAGUGGCACGUAUCAGUGCCUGGCGGGCAAUGCGGCCGGCAAUGACAGCCUGACCGUCGGCUUGUACGUCAAGGGGCUCCCUCGUAACCGAACCAUCCCCGUCUUCUCAGAGGAAGGCUGGCUGGAGCCUUCAAACUCCCAAGCGGCCAACUCCUCGGCUCAAAUGUCUAAGCCGUACCCGUUUGACGCAAAGACCCUGAUAAUCGCCACCACCAUGGGCUUCCUGUCCUUCCUCAGCUCAGUGGCCAUCUGCUUUGUCUUCAUGUUCUUCUGGAGCCAGAGCAAAGGUCAGAUCAAGCACACGGCGACUAUUGACUUUGUCCCUCGCUCUUCGAUGAGUGGUGCAGGCGAGGGAGCGGACGGCGGCAGGUUCACCAUGAAACUUAUCUAGAGGUGAAAAGGGGCCUGUGGGUUCUUCUGCACAUGGAACCACGCUGGCUCAGACUCAAGGACAGAGACCUUUAUUUCAAGGCCCCCUUUGAAGGCCAAUCAGAGUCGGUACGUUGGGCUCGUGCAAGCCCUCUUCUAAUUUUAGAGUGUCUCAGCAACCACUUUGCUAUCAAAUAAAUAUCACAUGAUCUUGGAAUAGAAAGACGUUAACAGAUUGAAGGCAGAGGUCUCUUGUAGUUGUAAAUCAUUUGUUUUCAGUGUUUUAUUUGAAAUAGCAAGUGAACUCUAAUUUUGUAUGUAGCACAUAAGUAUAAAGUAGUUUAAAUUUUCACAGAUCUUUGGAUUAACAUGGGAAGAGCGUUUGCAUUUACCACAGGUUUCUGCAUUGUCAAAACAUAUCAGGUGCUUGUUUAAACAUGCAUUAUGUAAAAGUGUGCUUAUAUGUCUUCACUUGCCAACACAAGCCAUGCAAAGAUUUGCCCUUCUGAUCCUUGGGUUGCUUUUUAUGUUCACCCACAUGAGGGUUAUGACAAAGACAAUUCGCUACAAAGCUUUUGGUACUUGGUAAAUAAAUAUAUGCACUAGAUUAGCCAAAUCAAUUCUGAUCCUCACCUUUACGGUUACAUUUUGGGGCUUUGCGGUGUGCUUCAGGUAUGCUGCAUUGAAGAAUGGGCCGCUUGCUGAAACGAGUACUGCUUACUUUGAAUAGAUUGUUUAGCAGUGCAAAAUGACUGAUACAAUACCGUAAUGUCCAUAAUGUACAUUUCAAAUACUCAAAACAAAUUUGUAAAGUGGAUGACUAAAUUCUCCAAAUUAGAGCACUUGUUUUCUCUUUUAAUAUAUUAUUAACUCAAGUUAUAACAACAGGUGACUCUCUGUCCCAUCAGAAGAUGCUUUGAUUUCUACUUUUUACAUUGAAGAAACUGAUUUUUUUAACCCACAGAAAUAAUUGAGAAAACAUGUGCCUCAGUGACAUUCUUACCAUCGACAGAGAGAAUGCUCACCUGAACAUUGUCAUUUUGUAAAUAUUAGGUCAAGGGCGUUUGUGUGCGCUCCGCUUAUUCUAUCACUUUAUCUAGUUCUGGGGAUUAGUGUCACUCAAAUAUUGCACUCUUGCAUAAAUGGAACCGUGUAGAUGCACUACUCACAACUCUUUAGUAUGCCGGUAAAAGACAACGUAAAUGAUGCACAUAUACAGCAUUGAUUGAUUUGUUUAUUUACUGUCUUGUUCAUAACAUACAUACAGAUCAUUUUUCAUUUUACUGUAUUAAAUGCCUAUAUUUAAACGUAA